AUGGUGGGUCACAGUUUACUGUAUUGUGCUCUAGUGACAGUCUCGUAUCAGCUGGUCCAUGCUGCCUUCACGAACUUCGCGGAUACUGAAUGUGGAGUCUCAAGUCGCAGGACAGCUGCCAGGAUAGUUGGCGGAGUCAACGCCUCACAAGGGGAGUUUCCUUGGCUUGUAUCACUGAAGAAGGGUCGCAACCACCUGUGCGGAGGAACUCUCAUCGCCAGCGAGUGGGUCCUCACAGCAGCCCACUGCCUCUGCAGCGGGUCGGAGGUGAUGGAUGCCAAGAACCUCCGGGUGGCUGCAGGAGUGCAUGACCUCCGCCAAGGUCGCGACCUGGACGUUCCUGUGGCACAAGUAAAGCUUCAUCCUCAAUACCGCUGUGACCACUACCUCCAUGACAUUGCCGUGUUGCGGCUAGGGGCGGUGGUCUCGUGGGGGCCUAACGUGUUACCUGCAUGUCUUCCCCUGCCCACCCCUGAACAGACAUUUGCGGAUGUUGAGGCCGAGGUGGCCGGCUGGGGCUGGACAGACGAAAACUUCAGCAAAGGUUACCGUUCGGACGUGUUGCGCAAGGUUCGAUUGCUGAUCGUAGACAACAGCAAGUGCCAGAAUUGGUACAGUUCCCAGGGCAAGCGAAUCAAGAUCCAGGCAACACAGAUGUGCGCAGGCGUUGAAAAUGGCGGGAAAGACGCUUGUCAGGCGGACAGUGGCGGCCCACUGAUGGUGGGGGAAGGUAGCGACUUGAUGGUAGUGGGGGUAGUCUCGGCUGGGAUUGGCUGUGCUAGACCAAAACUUCCUGGAUUGUACACCAGGGUGACUCACUACCUGGACUGGAUUGGACAAACCAUUAGAUCUUAG